AUGCCAUUGCGGCGCCCUUACGCAAAGUCGCAUCACGGGUGUGGCCAAUGCAAACAGCGCAGAAUCAAAUGCGACGAAUUGCAUCCAAUCUGCAGUCCUUGUCGCAGGAAAAAUAUCCAGUUCUCAUUCUAUGGCGAUGACAAACCUCAACGUCCUCCGCGAAAACCUGAGGAGCCUUCGUAUCACGCUAUCUCCGGGUUGAACGGCGGCUCGCAGCUUCCCAUGCUCGAUCUUGAGCUUCUCAAUCAUUGGCAUGCAGCCACUGUUGACACUUUACUCCACCAGGAAUCAACCAGGGAGGUGCUACGUACAUUUGUGCUGCAAGAGGCGCUGUCACUUUCCUUUCUCAUGCACAUUCUCCUGGCGAUGUCAGCUCUUCACUUGAGCCACUAUGGCCUCGUCGAAUGUCGACAGCUAUACACCGAAGUGGCGAUGACUCACAACAAUACUGCAUUGCCGCUAUAUUUACCUCUCCUGAGUCAAGUCACUCCGGAUAAUUGCCAUGCUCUAUUCGCCUUUUCCUGCUUCGUCCCCAUGUUCUCCUUCGCCACCCAUGGGCCGAAUAUCGAAUCUAAAGCUCAGUCGAUGUCGGGUGUCAUUGAGGUUUUCAAGCUUAUACGUGGAGCAGCCUUUGUGGUCUCGCAGGCUCGACCGUGGAUCGAAAAAGGAGGCAUGUGCGGUCUAUUGACCGUGGAAAGGAUGCGGGGGAAUACGUCCAUCAAGCUCCAUGCAACGACCAUCUACAGUCUUUUGCAUGAGCUGCAUGCAAAGCAGCAGCAGGAAUGCGAUCUCGAGCUUCAGCAAACAAGAGACCCUGCGUUAGAACAUGCCACUGAGAGCCUCCUGAGCGUACUUCAGCUGUGCGCUGACACUGACAAAGCAGCCGUUCUACUGCGAUGGGCAGCUCUGGUGAAAUCGAAAUUUCUGGAUGCUUUGACGCAGGAUGAGCCUAUAAGUCUUGUCUUGCUCGGCUAUUUUGGCGCCGCAAUUGACUUCAUCAUUGACAAUUGGUGGAUGGAGGGGUGGGGUCGAUAUCUGGUCAAUCUUGCUUCCGAUCGUCUGGGCACGGGUCUCGGCCAGCAGCUUGCGUGGGCUCGGGAUGCAUAA